CCCGGGCCGCCCCCGGGGCGGGGCGGGCGCUGCCUUGGCAGCCGCCGGGACGCCGCGCGCGCCGGCCGCAACCCCGCGCGCGGCGGCGGCGGUCUUUGGCGGCGCCAUGCUGGGCGCCAGGGGGCCCUUCCUGCGCGCCCGGCCCGAGCGGGCCGUGGGCCCUGCCGCCGGCCGCCCGGGGCCGGCACCCGCCGCGCCCCCCCCCUCCACUCCCCCCCCCUCCUCCUCCUCGGCGGGGCCCGAGGAGCGGCGGCGGCGGCGGCGGCGGGUGGCCCCGCCGGGCAGGGGCGCCGCGGCGGCCGCGGCGGGGGAGGAGCAGCUGCUCAGGGGCAUCUUCGAGAUCGGCCGGAGGAGCUGCGACGUGGUGCUGAGCGCCCGGCGGCUGCGCUGGAGCCCCAUCCUGCCCGAGAGCCCCGCAGGUGAUUCUGUUACAGGCUUACAGGUUAAAGAGGAAAUUAUUGAAAUGAAAGAUGUCUUUUCAGUAAAACUGAAACGUCGUCGUUUCGUUGGACAGAAAAAAGGUGGCACUUUGUUGGGUAUCACAAUUUUUAAAUGCUUGAAUAAAGAAGAAAAGAAACUGACGGACUGUGCUGUCCAUUUACAUAACUUUAGCGAAGAUCAUUGCCAUUCAUGGUUUAGAUGUCUGAAGGAAAUUGUGAAUGGUUUUCAGAACAGACCAAAAUCCUUAAAAGUUUUUGUUAAUCCAAGCAGCCACAAAAGAGAAGCUACUCAUGUUUAUUAUGAACAAGUUGCGCCUCUUUUUAAGCUUGCAGACAUCAAAACGGAUGUCACGGUAACUGAAUAUGAAGGACAUGCUCUUUCAGUACUUAAAGAAUGUGAACUCCGGGCAUUUGAUGGGGUAGUUUGUGUUGGUGGAGAUGGAUCUGUCAGUGAAGUUGCUCAUGGUCUACUCCUUAAAGCCCAGAUAGAUGCUGGAAAAGACACAGACUACAUACGCAUGCCUGUGAGAGCACCGCUUCCUCUUGGAGUAAUACCAGCAGGUACUACUAAUAUUUUGGCCCACACGCUCUAUGGUAUUAAGCACCCAGUGACUGCAACGCUGCACAUUAUAAUGGGACAUGUUCAACCACUUGAUGUCUGCACUUUUAGUACUCCAAGCAAGCUUUUACGUUUUGGGUUCUCAGCUAUGUUUGGCUUUGGUGCAAGGACUCUAGCUUUGGCUGAAAAGCACCGUUGGAUGCCGUCUAAUCAGCGGAAGGAUUUUGCUUUUAUCAAAACACUGGCAAAUCUCAGGCCAGAGGAAUGUGAACUAUCAUUUCUGCCUCUACAGAUUUCACAAGAAGAUUCUCAUGAGAAUGACAGAAGGAAGAAAGAGACAAUUAAAAAAAACGGCAGCAAGGAUCAAUGGUGCAAGAUCCAGGGUCACUUCCUGAAUGUGAGCAUUAUGGCAAUCCCUUGUCUGUGUUCAAUGGCACCAAGAGGCUUGGCACCUAAUACGAGGUUGAAUAAUGGAAGCAUGGCUCUUAUUGUUGUACAAAAUACUUCUCGUUCAGAGUUUAUUAAACACCUGAAAAGAUACGCCAGUGCAAAAAAUCAGUUCAAUUUUCCCUUUGUUGAGACCUACACAGUUGAAGAAGUAAAAGUACAACCAAGACUUAAAAGUGCGUUUGAUACCAAAGAUGACACAUAUCUGAAUACCACUUCUGCAGAAGGAACUUACCCUUGGAAUAUAGAUGGAGACUUAAUGGAAGAAGCAUCUGAAGUUCAUAUUCGGGUACAUCCUCAACUUAUUGAUCUCUAUGGAGUGAACGUUGAUGAACUGGAGGGUUCCAAAGCAACGUGUAAUUGUAUAUAGAAGGAAUGCACAGCUUUUUAUGCUGCAGGUUUUGCAUUAAAUAAACCUUUUUUCAUCUAUAGGCAUAUCUUUUUAAGAUUCCAGUCUUUCACUCACUGAAUUCAGUGGUUGUAGCAGACGCUUAAUUGGGAUGUUUGUAAUACUUCUGGUUUUAAAUAAAUAUUUUUAUCAGGUUAUAUUUAACUGUAAAGAAUCUGUCUAGGUAUAAAAAGAAAAAAUAUAUUGGUCUCUAUUUUAUGAAUUUGGAGUUCUAAAAGUGUACAUCAGAAUAAAAUAAUAUUUUUUAUUAAAAAUUAUUUUACCUACUGCAAUAAAUACAAGAUACUACUUAGUCUGCUGCUGCUAUCCAUGUUGUCAGGUAACUCAGCUUAUUUAAACAGAGCUAGUUAGCAGAAACUAAAAAGGCAACCAGUGGCAAAAUACUUCUAUUUUUUGAUCAAGUACUUCGAUUUCCAAGUAUCAUUAUUUUUUAUGCUAAUAUACUUACUUUCAGCCCACUUCUAGUCAAACAGUAAUAAAUGUAUAUGCUGAUGUCUUCUACUGUUUUUCUUUGAAAUGUAUUCAAAAGACUACUGUUUUUACAAAACAUUUUAAAGUAUUUAAUGUAUCCUAGAACUCAAGUGAUAUUCAGCAUAGUUUCUGUUGUUGCUAAGAAUAAAGUUGUGCUAAGUAUGAUCAAAUCAGUUUUUAUAACUGCCUUACAGGACGUAAACUUCAUGUUUAUAAGUGAUUUUUUGGGUAAUUUCUUAAUUAUUUGAGAUACCUGUACAGGUGACCACUCUGCUUUUUCUGGGAACAGGCUUUCUCUGAGAUGGAAAUGCAAUACAUUGACAAGAUUCAGUCCACAGGACCAGAGGGGUAAUGAAUGUAGUUCUAUUUACUUGUCUUUGAAUUACUGCUCAAAAGAAGGCUAACAAGUAAUAUUAUGAAAGCUGCACUGUCUCAUGACUAACAAGUUGCUUUAAAGCCUUAGUUCAAGUAAACAGUUGAGUAUAAUAUUAAAUCCAUUCCAAUGUCAGACUGUCCUUCUGAGGAAGAAGUUCUUCCUUAUGUCCAGCUGGAACCUCUUGUUUCAACUUAUACCUGUUGUCUAAAUAGUAUUGAGUAGUCUUCAGUUAAACUGUUAUAAUUGAUACUACUUUGAUUCUGUAUCACAUCAGAUAUUUUAAAAAUAUUUAAGGCAAUUCAAACUAAACUUCCUAAGGGUGUCUAAGACGACUAUUCCAGCUACAUGUAAGGGAUUAAACUGUUUUUGUUACAAAAUUGAAAAUUAACAGGGUGAUAAGAACUUGCAGAAGAGGCAGCAUUCCUGUGCUUAAUUUGUGGGGUCUUUUUUAGUAAUGUGAAACUGAGUGAUACUUUAACUUUUUUAUCAGCAGGGCUAUAUACGUUUAUUUUCAUGUCAACCUUACUUAUAAAAACUGAAUUUUGUUUCAUGUUCUAAGAAUAGUCAACCAACAUUUAUAUGUUAAUAAAAUCUGAAUAGAAAAUAUACAAUUUCCAAGUCAACAUUAUCAUAUUUAUUGACUUAGGUAGAACUGUUUCAAAGACAAAUAAAAUGUUUUAGUUUCAUUUCUUUGCAUUGUUUGUAUUAAAAGGAAUUAUAAUGCUUUUUCCAGUAUCUGAGGUAUAUUUUUCACAAGAUGCUAUCAUAUCAAACUAAUUUCUGUUCAAAGAUAUUUUGGUUAAAGUGCAAUAGUUUACAAAAGCCAUCUGGAAAAUAAACUUUUUUGUAUAUAUUUCAUAGA